GAGCCGGACCCAGGCAGCAGCUCAGCCCCCUGCCCCCUACAGCCAGCCGCCUGGGCCGGGCCGAGGAUGCGGCGCAGCGCCAGGCUCGCUCCCCUCCGGCCCGCUUGCUAACUUCCUCGGCUUCGUCCUUGUCCGCCAGCGGAGCCACCCCGUGUCCCCGCGCCCUCCGGGUCGGGUCCUCCAGGCGCGCCGGGCGCUGCCUCUGUGUCCCCCGCCGCUCGCCCGUGUCCCGUCCUCGCCCGGUCAUGCUGCCCCUGUGCCUCGUGGCCGCGCUGCUGCUGGCCGCCGGGCCCGGGCCGAGCCUGGGCGACGAAGCCAUCCACUGCCCGCCCUGCUCUGAAGAGAAGCUGGCGCGCUGCCGCCCCCCUGUGGGCUGCGAGGAGCUGGUGCGAGAGCCGGGCUGCGGCUGUUGCGCCACUUGCGCCCUGGGCAAGGGGAUGCCCUGCGGGGUGUACACCCCCCGCUGCGGCUCCGGCCUGCGCUGCUACCCGCCCCGGGGCGUGGAGAAGCCCCUGCACACGCUGGUGCACGGGCAAGGCGUGUGUAUGGAACUGGCAGAGAUCGAGGCUAUCCAGGAAAGCCUGCAGCCCUCUGACAAGGACGAGGGUGAUCACCCCAAUAACAGCUUCAGCCCCUGCAGCGCCCAUGACCGCAGGUGCCUGCAGAAGCACUUCGCCAAAAUUCGAGACCGGAGCACCAGUGGGGGCAAGAUGAAGGUCAUCGGGGUCCCUCGGGAGGAAGCCCGGCCUGUGCCCCAGGGCUCCUGCCAGAGUGAGCUGCACCGGGCCCUGGAGCGGCUGGCCGCCUCACAGAGCCGCACCCACGAGGACCUCUACACCAUCCCCAUCCCCAACUGCGACCGCAACGGCAACUUCCACCCCAAGCAGUGCCACCCGGCCCUGGACGGGCAGCGCGGCAAGUGCUGGUGUGUGGACCGGAAGACGGGAGUGAAGCUUCCGGGGGGCCUGGAGCCGAAGGGGGAGCUGGACUGCCACCAGUUGGCUGACAGCUUCCGCGAGUGAACCCUGUCAGCAGGCGGGGGGCUCACUGCCCCCUGCUGCCCCCUCCCCUGGAGGCUGCAGAGCUGACCUGGAGCCUGGGUCGGAGUCCUGGCCCUGCUUCUGGCCCAGAAGUUUCCCUUGGGUUGUGUCUGUGUGUAUGCGUGUGUGCGUGUGUGUUUAUGAGCACGGGUGUGCCCUUGGGGUGAGCCGAAGCCUAGGGGUGUCCUUCUUUGGGCUUAGAUAGCCUGAGAGAGCCCUGGUAUGUUUCCAAAUUGAUCCUGGAUUCAUUCAGCCCUUCAGCCAUCUAUAAACACUUCUUGACC